CCGGCUCACCACACCCCGAUCAUUAGCUUUAUCACUUAUUUCACUCCUUUCGACAUUUUUAAUUUUUAAUUUUUCCACCGAUUCAUCUCCCCUUUUGUCUCUUUUUAUUUGGCUUAAUCGACACCACUAGAGCAAUGAAACUCAGCCUCCCUUUGAUUUACCCAUAAAACUGCGCAAACAAAAGCUUAGCUCCUUUAUUUUUUUCAUCAUCCAAGCAAAUUUAAAUUUUCCUACGGGGAACAAGCAAGAAAGAGACCUCACUUUCAAAUUAUGGGCAGAUAAGUGUGUAACGUUGGGAAAGAGUUUUAAUUUUAGUUCAUUCCUUGAAUCUUCUCAAGUUGCAGAGAUUGUCGACACUUGUUUUCCCUUCUUCUUCAUUUGCGAGAACGAGAAACAGCUUAUCAAAGCGAGCCUGACUUGAAUUUUGAGUGGGGAGAAAGAGAGAUUAACGGUGUGCGAGGAGAGUAAGUGGUGACGGUGUGCUCCUGCGGUUUGUUAUUUUUUCUUUCAGAAAGGAAAAUUUCCGUUGGUGCGGUGAGUUAAGGAGGUCGUGAAAAAAUGCCUCAUAGGACGACAUACUUCUUUCCGAGGCACUUUCCUGAUCGGCUAGGAUACAGUGCUCCUAGGUCACUGUCCAUUGAGGAGAAGCGGAAGCUCAUCAAAGAUAAUUUCAGUGACCACGAAGAUGACUAUUUUAUACUGGACAAUAGCACAUCGUCGACCCCAGUGUAUGAUCUCUUCACGAGCAGCGAUGACGAGAAGUAUCAUCAAAGGAGGAAUCAGUAUGGUCAGAAAGAUAAGUAUCGAAAAAAGAAGAAGCAACUUGCCAACUACUUGGACUGGCUUUCCGAGAGACAUGAUAAUAAAUUGGUUUCUCACGUCAAUUUGCGAACAUCCUCCUCUGAUGAUGAGGGUAAAAAACCUUUGAUUACUCGGGAACCUGCAGCACGAAAGCCGGAGCUGAUUCCGGAUGUUAACGGCAAGGUGUCCUUGCCGAGACAGUCGAGCGGGUGUAGUUAUACGGGUAGUUGGUUGUCGGGGACUACAUUGGACGGAAAUUAUUUUAGCCAUGUUAAAGACACUGGGAUUAGCACCUCGAGGAAGGAUGUGGUACAGGCGGAGGAGAAUGAUGAGAAGGGAGCGCAGAGGACUGAAGAGAUUUACUCUCUGCAGCUUGCUUUAGCUAAAAGGAUUUGUUUUCACUCUGGCCUUGCUAGUGAGCUUGUAUUUUUGCAGGAGGGCAGGCCUGAGUCCUCCAAUGCUGAAGCCGUAUCUUAUCGUCUCUGGGUCAGUGGCCGCUUGUCGUACAGUGACAGAAUAACAGAUGGAUUCUAUAACAUAUUUGGAAUGGAUCCAUAUCUGUGGGUGAUGUGCAAUGAUGAAGAUGAAGGAAAGCGGAUGCCUCCUUUAACGUCCCUUAGAGAAAUUGAACCAAGUAAGGUAUCAAUGGAGGUGGUUGUCGUUGAUGUGCAUGGCGAUUCCCGCCUUAAGGAGCUAGAGAAUAAAGCUCACGAAAUUUAUUGUGCCUCGGAAAGUACGGUUGUUUUGGUGGAGAGACUGGGGAAACUCGUUGCUAUUUGCAUGGGGGGAACUUUCCCGGGGGAGCAAGGUGAUCUUCAUAAACGCUGGCAAAUAGUUAGCAGGAGAUUGAGGAACUUCCAUAAGUGUAUUGUUAUUCCCAUUGGUGGCCUAUCCAUGGGACUCUGCAGGCAUCGCGCAAUUUUAUUCAAGAAAUUGGCAGAUUAUAUAGGUUUGCCAUGUCGGAUAGCUCGAGGUUGCAAGUAUUGUGUUGCAGAGCACAGAGCUUCUUGCCUUGUCAAAAUUGAGGACGAUAAGCAGUUGUCAAGGGAAUAUGUGGUUGAUCUAGUUGGGGAGCCAGGAAACAUCCAUGGUCCAGAUUCCACCAUCAACGGGUUCAUAUCUUCGAUUCCAUCACCAUUUCAAAUUCCUCAUCUGAAAGAUUCCAAUUCCUACCUGGACGAUUCGUCUUGUCAGAUUCUGGACUCAAAUCAUUCAUGUAAUUUGAUAGAAGAUAAUCUAUAUUCAGGCAAGGAAGAAGAAGGUCAACAAACAAGGGGGAAUCUCGAGUCUUCUUUGUAUGUUCCAGCUGAUCAAGCGUCUCUUGGAAAUGAGUCAUCUUUGAUUCCACUGGAUUUAAUGAGGGAUGUGGUAGCUGAGAGUUCUAGCCGAGAACGUGAAGCAGAUCAAGUUGUUAUACAACAAACUCCCCAAAAACAGAUUGUGGUGUGUGGAAGUCCAAUUAUUGACAAUGUGGGCGAGAAAACUGAAGUGAGCAUAUCCUGUCAGUCAAAUGUGACGGAGGUGGAGAGUGGACUUGACAAUCGAGGCAUAUUACCUGCUGGCACUAUUCCAAGAUAUUUGGAGAUUGAACCAUCACUUGCAAUAGACUGGCUCGAGGUCUCGUGGGAUGAAUUACAUAUCAAGGAGCGUGUUGGUGCUGGUUCUUUUGGGACAGUGCAUCGUGCUGAAUGGCAUGGAUCGGAUGUUGCUGUCAAGGUUCUAACUGUUCAAGAUUUUCAUGAUAAUCAGUUGAGGGAGUUUUUGAGAGAGGUUGCAAUAAUCAAACGUGUCCGUCAUCCAAAUGUGGUUCUCUUCAUGGGUGCAGUCACCGAGAGUCCUCAUCUAUCAAUUGUGACAGAGUAUUUGCCUAGGGGUAGUCUCUACCGCCUCAUACACAGGCCAUCUGCUGGGGACAUGAUGGAUCAGAGGCGGCGUUUACGUAUGGCACUGGAUGUGGCCAAGGGCGUCAAUUAUCUUCACUGUAUGAACCCUCCAAUUGUUCACUGGGACCUAAAAUCUCCAAAUUUGUUGGUUGAUAAAAAUUGGACAGUAAAGGUGUGCGACUUUGGGUUGUCUAGAUUUAAAGCAAGCACGUUUAUACCGUCAAAAUCUGUAGCUGGAACACCUGAGUGGAUGUCUCCUGAAUUCCUUCGUGGUGAGCCAUCAAAUGAGAAGUCUGAUGUCUACAGUUUUGGAGUUAUCCUAUGGGAGUUGAUCACCUUGAAACAGCCUUGGAGUGGACUUUGUCCUGCACAGGUGGUUGGAGCUGUAGCUUUCCAGAAUAGAAGGCUUGCCAUACCAGAGAAUACCCCGGGUGCGUUGGCUUCUCUCGUGGAAUCCUGCUGGGCUGAAGAUCCGGCUCAGCGCCCAUCUUUUGGCUAUAUAGUCGAUUCAUUGAAGAAGAUGCUGAAGUCUUCACGCCAGUAGAUACAGACGGGGAGCAAUGAAGAGUAGUUCCACCAGAGCUAAUUAAUGAAGUAGCAUGGAAUAAAUCUUUUGCUGUUCUAACAAGACUUUUUGGUUCCGGGCAACUGUAGAUUUGUUAGCCAUCCAACUGAUGUAGAAGUCUAGUUAUGUCAAGAAAGUGGAAAUCUGAAGCUCAGGUUGCAGGGUUUGUUUCCUUUUGAAUUUCUGUAGGUAUUAGUAGCCCCUCUUGUUGCCAAUUCGGAAUGUCGUGGAGUGCGGUGCAGUACCUGUGGAGCUUUGAUUCUGUUUGCAGUGGAAGAAAACUGAAAAUCUGGGCUGUACUAAUGAAAGUUAUCUUAUGUUUAUGUAGUUGCAGGACAAUGUAAUAACACAAAAAUCACUCUUUCGUUAUCCCUGUAUAUAUUUUGCAUGUUGGUUGUAUGCAUGAAAUUUGUCAAUGGAAAAUGUGUGUUUUUAUUU